AGCACCUGUCAUACUACGAAUGGUACAACAUAUUAUAGGCCACGAGUUUCAAGAGAUUAUCAAGAAUUACCUUAAAUACUACUACUAUCACUGACUUAGUCCUGAUUAUUUAUGGAGUAUGAUGCAAGUUAACAAGACGAAUCCAAAACUGGGUCCUGAUUAUUUAUGGAGUAUGAUGCAAGUUAACAAGAAGAAUCCAAAACUGAGUAACCAUACCCACAUGAAAGAUAUAAUGGAGACUUGGAUAACACGAAAUAAUCAUCCUAUUGUACAUAUUCGUCGAAAUGGAAGCAUGUUAUUCAUACGUCAAUCUGAAAAGGAAUUUUACAUCGAUGAUAAAGGCAAUGCCCAAGUGCUACGUCACUGGUUACCUAUCACUUUCACUACAUGGGAGCAAUUAGACUUCAAUGACACAACCCCUCAUCAUUGGAUAACUCCAGAGAAUAGCACUGGAAUAUCUGUCCGACUUACUAGUAAAAAAGGGUGGAUCAUACUAAACUUACAACAAACAGGAUACUAUCGUGUAAAGUACGAUAAGAAGAGCUUAAAGUUAAUUGCAAAAUAUCUAAAAGUUAAGGAAUAUGAGAAGAUUCAUGUUCUUAACCGUGCUCAAAUCAUCGAUGACACAUAUUAUUUCGUGAAGAGUGGAGUAAUUCCUUACACCACGUUUCAGAAUCUCAUAAGCUAUUUGCACAGAGAGAGGGAUUACGUAGCAUGGUAUCCAAUGUUUCAAAUUUUUAGAGACAUAUCGAGUUUCUUACCAGUUGAAAAGAGCGUAACUUUAAAGGUUAGUCAUACAUUUAGUUAAAAGUUGGUAAGAAG